UUGGGUGAGUUCACCGCGCCACACCCAAAUUCAAAUUUCACGCUCCAUCCACAACACAACACAACACAACACCGCGCUCUCUUCGUCUUCCCUUUCCCACAAACCCUAAGUUCCCAAAUCGACCCGACCAUUUCCGAAGCCAAACAUGGCUUCUCGAAACCAGAACAGGCCUCCUCGCAGCCCCUCUCACAAGAAGGUGGGUUCAGAAGAAUUAUUCUCGGAUAAGCGUCGAAGGAUCGGAGCUGACAAGAUGGAGAGACAAGGAGCCACUGGAGGCAGGAUAAGGACGCCAUUUUCAUCCGUUAACAACCGCACGGAUGCCGCAAGUGAGGCCGGAAGCGCCGAGCCCUCUGAGUGUGAUACCGUUGAGUUCACCAAGGAGGAUGUAGCGGCCUUGUUGAAUGAGAAGAUGAAGAAGGGGAAUCCUUAUGAUAAUAAGAAAAAGAUGGAGCAGAUGACGGACCUGAUAAAGCGGCUUAAGCUUUGUGUUCGCUGGUUUAAGAAAAUUGAAGAAGGAGAUGCCCAAGAAAAGCAGAGGCUUGGUUCUGAACUAGAGGCAGCUCAGAAGAAGUGCAAUGAUAUUGAGAUUGAGUUGAAGAAUAUGAUGGAGGAAUUGAACAAGAGAAUCUCUGAUUUAGAAGAGAGAAUUGCAAAGGAAGAAUCAGAUAAGUUGGAAGCAGAUAAUCGUUAUAGAGAAGAAAAGGAAGCAAGGAAUGCGGCUGAGAAAGUUUGUAAAGAGAAAUCCGCUGAGCUUGAGCGGAUUCAGGGUGAGAAAUCAGCUGCCGAGCGAAAGGCAAAUUCAAAUGAAGACUUGUACAAAAGAUCACAGGAGUACAAUAUGAGUCUGCAGCAGUACAAUAGUCGUCUUCAGUCAGAUCUUGAAGUAGCUAAGGAGGCACAGAGAAAACUUGAAACAGAGAAAGCAACUGCUGUUGAAAGCCUUAGUCUUGCUAGAGGUCACAAUAAGAUACUGCAGAAUGAGUUGGCGACUCUUAAAGCUUCACAGAGUGAAGCUCUAAAUGAGAAAGAAAAAUUAGCAAAUGAACUAAAAUGUCUUCGUGAGGAGUUAAAACAAAUCAGAGAUGACCGUGAUUGUCAACAGAAGCAAGUAAAGAAUUUAACAGCAGAAGUAGCAAAGUACAAAGAAUUUACUGGGGAAUCAUGUAAACAAUUGGAUUCCUUGAUAGAUAAAACAAACGCCCUUGAGGAUACUUGUUCUUCUCAAAGGGAGAGAAUAUUCACACUCGAGCAGCACCUGGCAACUGAAAGGGAGAAGUUAAAGAUGGCUGAUAUGUCUGUAUCAGAAACAAGGACAGUGUUUGAAGAUCAGAAAAGAAUCAUACGUGAACUGCAAGAUAAAUUAGCAGAUAAAGAAUCUCAAAUAGUUGAAGGAGAGAAGCUGAGGAAAAAACUUCACAACACCAUUCUGGAGCUAAAAGGAAAUAUUCGCGUGUUCUGCCGGGUGAGACCUUUGCUACCAGAUGACGGCACAGGAACUGAUAUGGUCGUUUCUUACCCUACGUCAACAGAAUCACUUGGCCGGGGAAUUGAAUUGGUUCAAAAUGGGCAGAAGUACCCUUUUACAUUUGACAAGGUGUUUAAUCACGACGCUUCUCAGAAUGACGUAUUCCUAGAGAUAUCCCAGCUGGUGCAGAGUGCACUUGAUGGAUACAAGGUGUGUAUCUUUGCGUAUGGGCAAACAGGUUCAGGCAAAACUUAUACAAUGAUGGGCAGGCCUGAUGCUCCAGAUUUGAAAGGGUUGAUACCACGUUCUUUAGAACAGAUAUUCCAGACUAGUCAAUCUCUGAAAGAUCAGGGUUGGAAGUACAAAAUGCAGGCAUCAAUCUUGGAAAUAUAUAAUGAGACCAUCAGGGAUUUGUUAUCAAAUAGGCCAUGUGGGAUUGACCAGACACGAACAGACAAUGGUGUUCCUGGCAAGCAGUACAAUAUUAAACAUGAUGCAAACGGAAACACACACGUUUCUGACCUAACCAUUGUGGAUGUUUGUAGCGUGAACGAGAUUUCCUCACUCCUAAAACAGGCUGCGCAAUGCAGGUCUGUGGGAAGGACACAGAUGAAUGAACAUUCAUCUAGAAGCCAUUUUGUCUUCACUCUGCGUAUUUGUGGGAUAAAUGAGAAUACUGAACAACAAGUACAAGGUGUCUUAAAUCUGAUUGAUCUUGCUGGAAGUGAAAGACUUUCAAGGAGUGGGGCAACUGGGGACCGGUUGAAGGAAACUCAGGCUAUCAAUAAAAGUCUCUCAUCUUUGAGUGAUGUAAUAUUCGCUUUAGCAAAGAAAGAGGAACAUGUUCCUUUCAGGAACUCAAAACUUACAUACCUUCUUCAGCCAUGUCUUGCUGGUGAUUCAAAAACCUUGAUGUUUGUCAACAUUGCACCUGAUCAGUCAUCAACCAGCGAGUCGCUUUGCUCGCUUCGUUUCGCUGCCAGAGUCAAUGCCUGUGAAAUUGGGAUUCCAAGGCGUCAAACUCAGACAGCCACACAUCAUCCAUAACCCAAAAAUAAAACUGUUAUUUAUAUUAGUUUGGAAAAAAGAAAAUGCUUAUUCUUUGAUGGUGCUUUGAUAGAUGUAAGAGUGUAACAUUUCAGAAAAAAAGGGGCUUGUGUAGUUUGUUUGUAAAGAGGCUUAGAUUUAGCCUCGAAAAGAAAGUACUAAUGAUUUGUAUCAUUUAGCUGACCAUGAUAAUAGUUACCUUUUCAUUAUUUUA